CCCCGCCAUUUUACUGCUGUAGAAAAUAGAAAAUAACAAAUUUUCAAGCUGUGCUCCUCUCCCUGUUUCGAUAGUAUUUCAUUCAUUUUUUCUUUCUUCUGCGCCGUGCAAUUUACCCGCUCUCAAAUUUCAAACUCUUUUUCUGUUUUUUUUUUUUCUUCUUUUCUUUGCACCCUGCAUUCCUUUCUUUUGUUAUUUAUUUUUUGUAAUCUCAGCCAACCCUUACUUACCUCUCCUCCCUUAUUUUGCCUUUUCGUCUUUUUCAAUUCCAAACCACCGCACUCAACAUUCAACACUCACCACCACACGCCGCUGCUGCCGCCGUCGUCGUCGCUCUUAAAUUCAUAUGAGCCAAGAGGAUAUUGCCGACGGCUUUGUCCACUGGGUUGGCACAUUUAAUGCCCUGAGCAAACCCGUCACCCAACUCAGCGACCUGACAGAUGGAAUCGCCCUCUUUGAAAUUUGCGCAGAAAUUGACCGCCAAUGGUUCAAAUCCAUACGAUCGGCCGAUAUCGGUGACAACUGGGUCCUGAAGAUGAACAAUCUCAAAAAACUGUACAAGCUCGUCACCCAGUACUACGAGGACGUUCUCGGCUACCCUGCCUCAAAUCUGGACGAGCCAAACCUCUCCGCCAUCGCCAAAAACGAAGACCCCGAGGAGCUGCUCAAGCUCUGCCACCUGAUCCUCACUCUGGCCGUCCAGUGCGAGCGCAACCAGGUCUACAUAGGCAAAAUCAUGUCGCUCGGAGAGGACGACCAGCGUUGUCUGAUGGUCUCCAUCGAGUCUGUUCUU